AUGAUCCCCACCCGCGUAACAUUGGCAACUCGCCAUGCAAAGCGUGCCGGCAUUGUUGCGCAGACCUCUUCCAAGCUCCGGACUCUUGCGACGGUGGCUCCCGUGACCUCCGUAGCUCGGAACCACAAGGUCGUCGUCGUUGGUGGCGGCAGUGCUGGCCUGGCCAUUAGCCAUCAGCUGCUCCGGACUGGUCACUUUGCCCAGGACGACAUCGCCAUCGUCGACCCUGCGAAAUGGCACCACUACCAGCCCGGAUGGACCCUGGUAGGCGGCGGACUCAAGUCUAAGCAAGAAUUGCGAAGACCGAUGGAUAGCUUGAUCGACCCGAAGCUUAAGUUUUAUCAACAAGCCGUUAGCACCUUUUCCCCGAAAGAGAACAGCAUCAAGUUGGGAAGUGGCGAUGAGCUCGCAUACGAACAGCUUGUCGUCGCCCCAGGCAUCAAUAUUGACUACGGUAGCAUCAAGGGAUUGCCCGAAGCAUUGGGGGAUCCGAACUCGCUCGUUUCUUCCAUCUACGGCUACGACACAUGCGACAAAGUAUUUGGUACUUUCGAGAAGCUCCAGAAGGGAAAUGCCAUCUUCACCCAGCCAGCCGGCGCAAUCAAGUGUGCUGGCGCACCUCAAAAGGUUAUGUGGCUUGCACUGGAUUACUGGAAGCGUUUGGGUCUGUACAACCCCGGCAACACUGCUGCCUCACCGAUCAAGAUCAGUUUUGCUACUGGAAUCCCGGCCAUGUUCGGCGUACCCAAGUAUAGCGCUAAGCUUGAGGAGUUGAGGAAGGAGAGGGGCGUCGAGGGACUUUUCCAGCACGAUCUCGUCGCUGUUGAGGGCAACACUGCGACCUUCUCACGUCCCGACGGGAAGGACAAAGUGACAAAGCAGUUUGAUCUUUUGCACGUUGUUCCUAAGAUGGGGCCUCAUGCAUUUGUCAAGAACAGCCCACUCGCUGACGCAGCUGGUUUUGUUGAUGUCGAUCAAGCCACAACGCGCCACACCAUGUACCACAACGUCUGGUCAUCAGGUGAUGCGUCCAGUUUACCCACCUCAAAGACUGCCGCAGCAAUCACAUCGCAGGCUCCAAUCUUGGUCAACAAUCUGUUGCGGUCGCUGGAUGGAAAGGAACCUGAACCAAAAUACGAUGGCUACACCUCAUGCCCGCUCACAACCGAGUAUGGCAAGGUCUUGCUUGCAGAAUUCAAGUAUGGUGGAGUUCCCAAGGAAACUUUUGGAGAUUUGAUCGGGUUCGAUCAGGCAGUUCCCCGUCGUGCGUUCUAUCAUUUGAAAAGGGACUUCUUCCCGUGGGUAUACUACAACUCCAUGGUGAAGGGUACUUGGGGUGGCCCUAAUGGCUGGAUGAACUAG